AUGGCAUCCCCCAGUCCCGAGGGUGCCUUGAGCAACUUCCCUCAGGACCCUUCCGAAUUCGACAGCGACCCGCGCAUUUCCUUCUCGAAACUAGACGACAAGUUCAUUUUGGAAACAGAAGAUGGUCAGGAGUUUGAAUACGAUACGGCUUUGAAGCGAUGGAUUCCGACGGUAGAUGAACAACUGCUCCGACAACAGCAAGAAGCCUACAAGGUUCAGGGCGUAGAUGACAGUGAAGAAGUCACGGCAUCGCAACUCAAGAAGAAACGCAAGCAGCAAGCGACCAAAGACGAGGGAAACGGUCAAAAAUCGAAGAAACCGCGUGUGAACACAGCGGUCUAUGUUACGUCAAUUCCUCUUGAUGCUGACUUUGAAGAAAUCCGAUAUGUCUUUUCUAAAUGUGGCGUCAUCGCCGAGGAAAUCGACAGCGGCCGCCCACGGAUUAAAAUGUACAUGGAUGACGGUGGAAAAUUCAAGGGCGAAGCUCUCGUUGUGUUCUUUCGCCCGGAAUCCGUCAACCUUGCGAUCCAGAUGCUGGAUGACUCGGAUUUCAGGUUAGGAGUAACAGGGCCGCAGGGGCCUAUGCGGGUUCAACUUGCAGAUUUCUCUUACAAAAGCCAACAAGAAGCACCGGCCAAGACCAGCGCGAAGGAUAAGAGAAAGAUCAUUCAAAGGACCCAGAGAUUAAAUAAGUAUGGAGCCUACAAGUAUGAAUGGUUAUAUGGUAGAAGAGUCUUGCUAAUGUGGUGGAAUAGCAAACUUGCCGAUUGGGAUGAUGACGACCCAUCUGCUUUACCAGAGUCCAACUCUAAGUUUGACAAGGUCGUGAUCUUGAAGCAUAUGUUCACUCUGAAAGAACUCGAUGAUGAUCCAGCAGCCAUCCUUGAUAUCAAGGAGGACAUCCGCGAUGAGUGUUCAAAACUGGGAGAUGUGACGAAUGUAGUCCUUUACGAUAAGGAAAUCGAUGGAGUAGUCAGUGUCAAGUUCCAAGACCCAGAGGCUGCAAGAAACUGUGUCAAGCUCAUGGACGGCCGGUUUUUCGCCGGGACCCGCGUCGAGGCGUACAUUUCCGAUGGUAACGAGCGAUUUAAGAAGACUAACGAGAAACGAGCAGCGCUUGAGGACUUGGCGGAGAAGGGACUUGAUGCCGAUGAGGAUGAAGAAGAGAGGCAGCGAUUGGAUGAAUUUGGCACAUGGCUCGAAAGCUCUAAUACUGUGGAGAACACGGCCAAAUAA